CUCCGAACCAGGGCACAUCCUCCCCCAUUAGGGGUGGAGCCACGCCCUACGAUGACCCCACCCAAUUUGACAAACCCGACCGUUACUGCCAACUCGUUUUUCUACAUCAAGGAUCCCAAGCCUUCAUACAACACAUGCGACCUGCUGGAGCUCUACAUUGAAGUCCGCGAUGGACAGAACCUGACGAAAAAGAUGGGUGGUGAUCUGCUGUGGCCCAUUAUUCGGACGGAUAGACUUCAUGCGAGCGCACCGUACGAUGAGCUGAUUGACCACGGGAACGGAAGCUACAACGCCCGGUUGACGCUCUCAUGGGCCGGGGUGGUUGCGCCCCGUGUACCGUUCAUUCACAGCGCCGAGUACGUGGCAGCCUUACGGGGAGUCAUUCAACGACAGCCCGUACGCUUCGGCUAUGUUUCUCGGUUCAUUGCCAACGGUAAAUCGGAGUACACACCGUGUCACAUGGACAAAGAGAUGCCGUUCAUUGCCACUAAACCCGAGGCGAAUUUUUCCUACCUGUCACCAACCGAAGUCUGUGACUAUUCCGAUGUCAAAGCAGGGACCAAUUGGUACUGCCUGAAGCCCAAGACCCUGCCCUGCUCAGCGAUUUCUCUACACAGGGGUGACUGGAAGGCGUCAAAUGAAUUCUUUGACCACAUCAUGACUGGAGAGGAAAAGACAGCAUGGAAAGUAGGAAUAAAAGACUUUGCAUUUCUGUCAAACACUGGACCUGUGAAGACGGUUUUGGUGGUUCAAGCUCCAGAAAACGCCGCCAACGGGUGUCUGAGUUUACCUAAAUGCAAACCGGGACUUCCCCCGAAACCACCAUCACUAGCAGCUGGCUAUUACUACAAAGACUCGUGGAAGUCAAACGUAUGCCGCGAGAGAUCGUUCGAGCUGCCGGAGAUGUUGAAGUGUCUACGGAACAAAAGGCUUUAUUUUUACGGCGACUCCACGCUGAGGCAAUGGCUGGAGUUUCUGGCACGCAGUCUGGGACCGACCAUGAAGCUACAACGGGCGGGGAAGUCAGCGAAGAUCAUCGGCCCGCUGUACGCCAUCGACAAGGUGCACAACGUCACGCUCACGUUCCGACAUCACGAUUUUCCCAUCCGUAACAACUGGCUCAACUUUCACGACGUAAAGUUCACGGUGAACGAGCUAGACGCGCUACCAGGCGGGCCCAACACGGUUGUCUUGUUUACGUUCUGGGCGCACUUCACCACAAAUAGCGUGAAUUACUUUGCGAACAGGAUGGGGCACAUCCAAGCGGCUGUUAGGAGACUACAACAGCGAGGCCCCAGCCCCAGUCAAGUCUUCUUCAAGUCAGCAAAUACUAGAGCUGAUGGGUCCAAGGGGCUUGCCUUGGCCGAUUUCUUUGUACUUGAAAUAGAUCAGAUUAUGCGAACAAUAUUUAGUGAAAUGCCAAAUGUGACUAUCAUAGACGCUUGGGGAAUGACAUUGAGUCAUAGGACAGGAUACAGACUGCACCCUGUUGCUCUUGUUCUACGAGAAGAAAUAAAGAUGUUCCUCAACUUUCUAUGCAAACAACCCAGCCAGCCAGCCAGCAACGGUCAGCCAUCACCCCAACCCGCCAGCCAGCCGACCAUCGGCCAGACAGCCAGGGCCGGCCAACCAGUCAGCCGGCCAAUAAUUCAACCAGUCAGCCAGCCAACAACCCAGCCAGCCAGACUGGCGGACAGCCAGCAAAACAGCCAACUUAACAGCCAAACAGCCGACCAGCCAACUAGCCAGCAACCCAGCCAGCCAGCUAGCCGGCCACCCAGCCAUCCAGCUAGCCGGCCGACCGGGGAGCCAGCCAGUCAGCCGGCCAUCACCCCCAACCAGCCAGCCAGCCGACCGCCGGCAAUCCAAUAGCUUUAUUCAAAGGACGCCGUAGUCAGAAGCCAUAAACCCGUAUGUACAAUGCAGCCAGGGAUCGCCCCAAAGUCACGAUACAGACCUGGGAAAUACCAAACAGGGAUCGCUCAGAGAGGAUCCACCUGGUCAGUUUCCCUUUGUGGUUCAUUUGAGAAUUCUUUCAAUUUGUGCAAAAAUCUGUUGAGUACAUGUAUAUAGGUUCCGAUCGAACGUUCGUAUGUCAGCCUGGAGUAGUGGCGUAAAUCCGUGCCGGCGAGUGGCGGGGCCGGGUGGGGGAAUGGAGGAAAUCCUAAAAUUGCCCGGUCGUGGAAAUUUGAAGGGGCAAAAAGG